AUGGAACAUGUAUCCACGCUUUGUGCGAUCAGCACUGUCGGUAUCGCAGCCACCGGCUUUGCACUCGGUCGCGUCGAACGAGCACUUAUAGAACCGACGAAUUUACAACGCGCUCCUUUGCCGGACCCGGAUACGAUUCCUUCUUUCGACGCAGCACCCUCCAGGGCGUUUGCGACAGCGGAGACACAGUCUCCUGUUAACCCUAAUUUCCCGGAGACUCGAGAUAAUGUCGCUCCUUUUGCGGACCAGGUUGAAGGCGGAAAUGUUUUCAGGAAAACGUCCUUUGCAGGUAUAAGACUACGUCGUCGCGGCCAAACUCUGUCCAUCCCUCCGGUACGAACUGAAGAUAAUCCGCCCAGUUCGUCGCAUGGCCGACGACCGUCUUCUUCAUGGAUCCGGCGGCUGUCGUUCCAACCAGAUAAGCGGUUCUCGCUUCAAAGUCCGGAUACCCUAUCAUUCCCGGAACCAGUCAGUCCAGCUUUCUCGCGGCCGCCCAGUCAACGCAGGGUGCCCAAUAAACUUGUCAAACGACCAAAGUCGCAGCACUCAAAUGCCAGUCACUUCUUUGCCCAUACCAUUUCUUCGCCCUCCGCAUCCGGCGCGCUACGCAGACCUGCAACGAGCUACCAACGAUCUGAGACCUCCAAACACAAGGCAGCACAAAGCUUGAGUUUCGAACCCAGCUUGGCGCUUGGUUCUCUCUUAGAACCUCCUUCCGGAAACGACCCCUGGCAACCCUACAUGGUGUCGAAACCCGACACUUCGUCCGAGCGACUAGAUCGUAGGUUUUCAGCAUCAACAAAACCUCGAGACCCCGCUUUGCGACGGAUCUUUCCACAAACCGAUGUCACUCCGGCCCUUGUUCUCGCAACCUCGAUAGGAAAAAAAGAUGGCACGGCGAGAGGAGCGACGCUCCCAACUUCGCCUAUCGAGUUUCGGGACCCUUUCAAGACCGAUGACGCUCCGCCACGAGAACCAAACACACGCUCGUCGGAGACGAACACUUGCCAAACGCCAUGUGAGGAGGCGCGCCCGAAAUCACCCGCAGGAUCCGCUGGACCACUAGACAUUAGAGUGUUUCGUAAUGGUUCAUUUACGGGGCCGAAGAGGAGGGCGGCCUCAACCCCUCUACCUGGGUUAGCAAAUGUGGAAGGAGCUAUCUGGGUCUCUCCCCGAGUACCUGAAAGGCGUAACAUUACUGACCCAAAUGUCUUCAGGCGGCCACCAACAAACACUGCGAACGGCGGGCUUUCAUCUUUGUACAACUCGGGGAUUAUGGGAUCGCAGUCACAGGUUCUUUCGCCAUACCGCAAAGAAUUUGAUCCGAAUGCUUCAACAGAUGGAUCAGCUUUGUCGUCUUUAUACGGUUCAGUGGGCCAGUGCCCCAAGCGCCAUUCAAUCGCUGCUUCGGACCCAGCAUCAACGGUCAUAGGUUCCGAUGACACUCGAGUCUUCACUUCUGGUGACGAGUACGAAACUGACUUUAUGAGCGAUACCGCUUUUGACUCAAUCCGCACUCAUAUCACCACCGACGGUUCCUGUUUUCAGUCGCCUCGGAUCGAGACCAUCUUCGAUCGAACUGUGCCACUAAGGACAACUAUUGAGCCCUGCCAAAGGUCGGAUGGUUUCCGCCCAUCUCUGCCAUCGACAAAGUCACGAGGAUCUGACGAGGAAGGGCGAACAAUCAGAACCUCUUCCUUGACCCCAGUGGCGCGAAUCCUCGCGGAAGCCCAUGAAGAAGACAGUGAAAUCUCCUUCCCAUCUGACUUGAGCGACGAUGACGAUUCGCAGAGUAUGGUGGCUUCCUUGCCUGGAGAUAAAACCAUGCACCCUCUUAGACACAAAUUCGGCGCGCUAUCGCUGGACACCACCGGAGAGCAGGACCAACGGUUGGCAAAAUUUUCAAACAGGCCAACCGCGGAAGCUCACGAUACAUCUUCAAGGGCGAACAUCUUCGACUGGUCCGAACAUCCGAGACCGGACCGCGAGGGGUCUGGGCCAGAUGGUCGUCCACGAACAGUUCAUGGAAAACAUGGGCCUGGCAUCCGUGGCAGUCGAGCAACCGGACGAAAACCGCCCAGUACUCUACAUUACCGCAGCCAAAGUGUUCCCGUUGCAAGGGAGCCCGCCAUACCCAAUGAGUCAAGGCAGUCGUCGGGUAAAUUUGGGACCUGGGGCUUAGGUAGCAAGGGUGUCAGUGAAGACUGGGACAGCGAUUUCGAGUUCGAAGACAAGGACAAGGAUGAGGGUGCCAUGAACGAAAAUGUUAACCGCAACAAAGACGUGAACAGCCGCCAGAGCGUGAUAGUACCUCAGGCUAUCAUGGAACGUCAAGCUAGUCUUCAUGGACAAUUCGGACACGUUCAAGAGCUCACCUUGCUAGUUGAGGAAUUGAAACGAUUGAGGCAUCAAGCCAGCUUUUUGGACAUCGUUCAUGGUCCGUCCAAUGAGCUCUGGAAAGAAGCGGAAGGUAUCGUUGAUUUAGCAACACUCGACGAUGAUGAAAACAACGAAUCACCACCCAGGUCACCUUCAUCACUCACAUUCAGCUUUGAUGAGUCUGAAGGCGAGUCGUCCCAGCUAAAUGACCCCUGGAAACGUAUCAGUGGAGACUCGUGGAGGGCUUCGCUCUCAGAGAACUCGAGUCUCCGUCCUACCACCUCUGUUACUGAACAUACGGUGCUCACCAAAGCAAAUUCUGUUCUGGAUCUGAUCUAUCAACAACGCCUUUCCCAUGACCCCGCCACGAUGCACUCCCACCUUCCCCGGUCGAAAAAGCUCCCUUUCGACACACAGUCUCUCCGCGACCUCGUCGUCCGUGCCAGUGUAGUGACUCGUGCCCUAAAGGAAGUAGUUCGAAAGGCAGAGGGGGUUCCAAAUGGUUCCGAAGAAAAUACGCAUCCAUCACAUCCACCAUUCAGUCGCAUAUUCGAGCAUCCGCCGCAUGGUGACCUUUCGAAAUUUGAGACCUCCUGCAUUGGCUGA